AUGGCGCCAGAUGAGGACUUCGGCUUUUUACGGCCUCCCAGCAACGAGGAAUAUGAACCCGCCUACCGGACACCCUCGUCCUACAACCCCCUUGAUACCUUCCGGCUGCCCAUGGGCGGCGUUCGGCACUACCAGCAGCAAUAUGGUGAUAUGUACUUCUUGCGCCUUGCGAAACUGAAGCCUGCCGUGGAACAAAUUGCCGCCGCGGCAUGGGAUGGAUUUAAUAUUGCGGGCGAAAAUGCGCGACGCGUGGACCGAGUACUCGAUGUGCGACAGGGCGAGCUGUGCUGGGUGGCCGGCACCAUCUACAUGGACAUGCCCUUGAAGCCAAAUAUUUUGGACGACCUGACAAAAGAAAACUUCACGUCCGCACCUCCUCCACGCCGCGCCUAUGUCGAUCCUUCGAACCCGUCAGCAACCCAAAUCAUGAUGGAGGAUGAAUCGGGUCGUCUUUGUCUGACUGGCGCUUUUCUGUCAUCUGUUCAUUUGGCCACGGGUGCCAUCAUCGCGGCUUUGGGAACCGAGAAUUCGAAUGGAGAGUUCGAGGUCAUCGACAUUAAACUUCCGGACUUGCCCCCGCAGCCUAAACGAUGGGAGAGAGACGAGACAGACAAGAACCAGAACGGAAAGGAUGCGGUAUCAAAGGAAGGCGGCAAGAUUGCAUUCGUCAGUGGACUAGGAAUUACUGGAGCGUCGAGUGAUACGCUCGCAUUGGAACUGCUUACAGAUUAUCUUUUGGGGUACACUGGCUUCUCAGGAAAUGACGAGAACAGCCCGUCUAUGAAUGCAUCAAAGAUCACGCGUCUCAUCAUCGCCGGCAACUCUCUCGGGGCCAGCGUCACCACUGAUGCAGCGUCAGCGGGUUCUGAUGCGGCUGCUAAAAAGAAGCUUGCGCCGAAGAAAUAUGGCUACGACGCCUCUGCAUACAACGCGUCACCCAUCACCAAACUCGACAAUUUCCUUGCCGAGAUUCUCCCCAGUAUUCCCGUGACACUAAUGCCGGGCGAAAAAGACCCAGCAAACGUCUCUCUUCCCCAACAAGGAAUCCACCGCGCCAUGCUCCCCCAGUCCCGAGCGUACUGCGCGCCUCCCCCAUCUGGUGAAGACAAGCAAGAACCUGGCUGGUUCGACAGCGUCACUAACCCAUGGGAAGGCGACGUGGAAGGAUGGCGUGUUUGGGGAUGCAGUGGUCAAAACGUCGAUGAUGUGCUCCGGUACUUGGAGUUCCCCGGCGAAGAUAGCAGCCUCGACACAGAAAGAGAGGAAUCCGAGGCCCGGUUGCAGAUCAUGGACGCUAUGCUGCGAUGGCGGUGCGGCGUCCCUACUGCCCCUGACACAAUCUGGUCAUACCCAUUCCAAGACGACGACCCGUUCGUUCUCGAAUCUUGCCCGCACAUUUUCUUUGCGGGCAACCAACCGAGCUUCAAGACCGCUAUGGUAGAGACCGACAUCCCUCUUCGCUUCGAUGAGGGCAAUACCGAGAUGACGAAUGGUCCCGGCACCACUGCGGCUCGUGUGCGUCUGAUCUCCAUUCCCAAAUUUAAGGAAACUGGAGAAUUGGUUCUGGUCGACACCGAGACUCUGGAGGCCGAAGUCAUUCGAUUUGGUACUUUUGCGGGACAGGAAGAGAAAAAGUGA